AUGGCGACUUUGGACGAGAGCCUACCGAAGAAAGAAGGCCUCUACUCGGCCGAGGUAGUUGGCAGUGACAAUAGUAGCGAUGCCAUCGACCAAGAUGAAAGGGAUAUGGCGAGAAUGGGCAAGAAGCAGGAGUUUAAGCGGAAUUUCAACUGGAUCAGCAGCUUUGUCGCGUUGAACAAUUUCCAAAUGCUUGUCGAUGGAGGGACCGCUGCCAUGUUCUGGAGUUACACAUGGGUCAUCACAGGUCAAUUCUUCAUUGUCCUGAGCCUCGCUGAGAUGGCAUCAAUGGCACCUACAGCGGGCGGACAAUAUCACUGGGUCAGCGAAUUCGCCUCGAGACGCUACCAAAAGGUUCUCAGCUACACUUCCGGCUGGCUCAGCUCUCUCUGCUGGCAAUCCUUUGUCGCCUCCGACUCGAUGUUUGGUGCCCAGCUUGUCAUGGCUCUGGUUCAACUGAAAAACCCAGACUUUGACAUUAAGAACUGGUACACUGCUCUGCUGAGUAUUCUGAUUGGCACUCUGGUCACCGCAAUCAACGUUUGGGGUGCAAAGAAGCUGGCACUGUUGGAGAAUGUGUUCGUGGGUCUCCACGUGGCAGGGUUCUUUAUUGUUCUCAUCACGGUCGCCGUCGCCUCCCCCAAGAACGACGCAAAGGAAGUCUUUCUCACAUUUUCGGACAAUGGCGGCAAUUAUCCCCUGAUGGGCUUAGCAGUCAUGGUUGGUCAGGUACCUGCCAUGUGGAACGUCCUAGCCUCUGAUGCUGUUGCCCAUCUCUCGGAAGAAGUCAAGAAUGCCAGCGUGGUGACGCCAAAGACAAUGUUCUGGGCGUACAUGUUCAACAUUCCCCUCGCUUUCGCCAUGCUGAUUGUGUUCCUGUUUGGCAUGACCGACGUUGCCACCGCUACCACCGAGGCAUUUCCGUUUGUAUGGAUACUGCAAAACUCUCUUAGCACGGCGGGUGCUCAGGCCAUCACCUCCAUCAUGUUUAUCUUGGUCUUUAUGAUAGCGACCAGCUGCUUUGCCUCGACAUCUCGACAACUUUUCGCCUUUGCCCGAGAUGACGGCAUGCCGUUCCCGACCUGGAUGAAGAAAGUCAACCCCAACCUCAACGUCGCGGCCAAUGCCUGCUUCGUGACCUGGGGCUACACGGUGGUGAUGAGUCUGAUCUACCUGGGCAGCCCCGUCGCAUUCAAUGCCAUCAUCAGUUUGGCAAUCGUGGCACUAAUGGCGACGUACGCUAUCAGCAUCGCAUGCGUCCUCUGGCGCCGCAUCUCGCUCCCCGAGACUCUGCCCCCCGUGUUUUGGAGUCUGGGAAAGUGGGGGAUCCUGGUCAACGGGAUCGGCCUCACUUAUGCCAUCUACGCUUUCUUCUGGGCGUUCUGGCCCAUCUACUGGAAGCCCAAUGCAGAAGAUAUGAAUUGGGCCGUCGUCCUGUUUGUGGGCGUCAUGUUUAUCUCGGCCGUCAACUGGGUCCUGAGUGCCCGUCGCAUGUACACCGGACCCGUAGCGACAUGCGAAGGUCGCCAGGAGGGUUGA